ACAUCAUGAACAAGGUGGGUCUUACGCGGUGACGAAAAAGAAAGAUGGCGGUGGUGCGCAAUAUCGCUGCUCUGCUGAAGAAGGCGUGGGCAAAGGAGCCGGUAAUCGUCACCUCGUUCGCAAUCGGCAUCGUUGCUUUACUGACGCCACUGGUGAGCCCCAUUGCCGAAUACCAGACUCGGCUGAAUCGUGCUGUACCUUUCCAGUACCCAGUUCCUGUACGGGAUGAUGGGAGCAUGCCCAAUAUUCCAUCCCACCCCAGUGAGAAAAUUGGACCUUCCCUCGAAUGGAUGAAGAAACUUUGAGAUGAGGAUGGAAUUAGUUUGUGUGUGACUGAGAAACAAAGUGCAAAAAUAAAAGUCAUGUUCAAAAUG